GCACCACUCGGGGUCUCUGUGCGAGUCGCAUCCCCUCCCCAUUCCCCCUCGUCGCUCGUGCAAGUCUACAGAAAGGAGGGAAUGAGAAUUGCUACCGAUCACUAGCACCCAUCUUUUCCACCGGUGCUUCGGAUUGUACGCCUUCGGAAGUCCAAUCGAACUUUUUUCGUCCUCUUUUCCGACCUCCCGGACAAGAAAACCACACAUAAUUCACCAUGGCUCCCGCGGCGACAGACACGAAUUGGUCGGUCGAUUACGACGUCCUGAGACGGGAGAAGCUCUUCCGUAACCCUCCUAAGGACCAGACCGCAUACCCGGCCUUGGCAGCUGCCAUCCGGCCGCAUGUUGAUUCCUUCAAUGCGCUCUUCGACGGCCCCAAGACCCUGGAGGCGGCAUUGAAGGAUAUCGGCACCAAGACAUUCAUCGACGGUGAAGCCGAGACCCCUGAACAGAAGAAGGCGCGGCAGGCGGAGGGCCGCAAGGCUCCCCGGCGGAACAAGCUCCAUGUCCGCGUCAGUGAAGUUUUCCUCGAGAAGCCCGCCCUGCCUGCGUCCAACAAGUUCACCACGCGCAACCGCAAUAUCUACCCCUCCGAAUGCAGAGAGAGACAUGCGACGUACCGUGGAAAGCUCCGCGCUAGGAUUGAAUGGCGGGUCAACAAUGGAGAUUGGAUGGAAUCGGUCAGAGAGUUGGGCCAGGUCCCUAUCAUGUUGAGGACCAACCGCUGCCACCUGGAGAAGGCCACGCCCAGCGAACUCGUCGACCACAAGGAAGAGUCGGAGGAAUUGGGUGGUUAUUUCAUUGUCAACGGAAACGAAAAGCUCAUUCGAAUGUUGGUCGUUGGAAAGAGAAACUUCCCUAUGUCGAUUGUUCGUGGAUCCUUCGUUCGCCGUGGACACACAUACACCAAAUAUGGUGUCCAAAUACGAUCGGUGCGGCCGGAUCAAACGUCGCAGACGAAUGUUCUUCACUACCUCACUGACGGCAACCUGACUUUCCGUUUCUCGUGGCGCAAGGCCGAGUAUCUCGUCCCGGUGAUGAUGAUCCUCAAGGCCCUGGUGGAGACCAACGAUCGCGAAAUCUUCGAGGGCAUCGUUGGCGGCGCUUCUUCCGAGGGCAUCAAGAACACAUUCGUGACCGACCGUGUCGAGCUGCUGUUGCGGGUAUACAAGGCAUACAACACACACAGCCGCUCAGCCUGCCGGGCCUACCUUGGAGAGAAGUUCAAGCCCGUCCUCGGUGUGCCAGCGGACAUGUCGAACGAGGACGCUGGUACGGAAUUCCUCCGCAAGGUCGUCCUGCCCCACCUUGGCAACCAGAAUGUCACUGAGAACCAGGAUUAUGACAAGUUCAAGAUGCUCUUGUUCAUGAUCCGGAAACUCUACGCCUUGGUGGCCGGAGACUGCGCCCCUGACAACCCGGAUGCUGUCUCCAACCAAGAGAUCCUGCUCGGUGGAUUCCUCUACGGAAUGAUCUUGAAGGAAAGACUCGAAGAAUGGGUGCGAUCCUUCCAGCCCAUUCUGAGGGACUGGUCCAACCGUAAUGGUGGUGCGAAGUUCACCGAUCCCGCAUUCGAAAGGGAUUUCCUGAGCAAGGUCGUGAAGCGGUCGAACGAGAAUAUCGGAGGUGCCUUGGAGUACUUUCUGUCGACUGGUAACCUCGUCAGUCCCACUGGUCUCGAUUUGCAGCAGCCAUCCGGUUAUACUGUCAUGGCGGAAAAGAUCAACUUCUACCGUUUCAUCAGUCACUUCCGCAUGAUUCACAGAGGUAGUUUCUUCGCGCAGCUGAAGACGACGACCGUCCGUAAGCUGCUGCCCGAGAGUUGGGGUUUCUUCUGUCCUGUGCACACUCCUGAUGGUGCGCCAUGUGGUCUUCUCAACCAUCUUGCGCACAAGUGUUUGAUUGCGACGAGCGACGUGGACACGACUCACAUCCCCAAGGCGUUGAUUCAGCUUGGUGUGCGUUCCGAGUCGUCCGUGUCGGUGGCCGAGAGUGUGACCGUCCAGCUCGAUGGCAGAAUCAUCGGCUACUGCUCACCCAAGCAAGCUGCUGUGGUUGCCAACACCUUGCGACGUUGGAAGGUGGCAGGCUCUGACAAGAUUCCGCGCGAGCUGGAGAUUGGAUACAUCCCCAACACCAACGGUGGCCAGUACCCCGGUAUCUACAUGUUCUCUCAGGCCGCGAGAAUGUACAGACCCGUCAAGCACCUGGCCCUCGACAAGCUGGACUACGUUGGUCCCUUCGAGCAGCCCUUCAUGGAGAUUGCCUGCUUACCGCAGGAUCUCAUCUCCGGCGUUUCGACCCACAUCGAGUACAGCCCUACCAACAUCCUCUCCAUUGUCGCCAACAUGACGCCUUUCUCCGACCAGAAUCAGUCUCCUCGUAACAUGUACCAGUGCCAGAUGAGCAAGCAAACGAUGGGUACGCCCGGUACGGCCAUCCAAUACCGUACGGAUAACAAGCUCUACCGACUGCAGACGGGUCAAACGCCCAUUGUGCGGUCGCCUCUCUACAACGCCUAUGGUCUGGAUAACUUCCCCAACGGUACGAAUGCCGUUGUGGCUAUUCUUUCGUACACCGGUUACGACAUGGACGACGCUAUGAUUAUCAACAAAUCCUCCCACGAGCGUGGCUUCGGUUAUGGUACGAUCUACAAGACCAAGGUCCACGCCCUCGACGACAAGGACUCCCGCCGCGGCAAGUCCAGACGCGAGGUCACCAAGCUCUUCGGUUUCGCCCCCGGCGGCGAGAUUCGAGCGGAAUGGCGUGCUACCCUGGACGAAGACGGUCUCCCCCACGUGGGUGCUCGCAUGAAGGAGGGCAGUCUUGUCGCCGCCUGGCACACCGUGCGCUAUGAUGCUGCCUCUGACUCGUACGUCAACGUCGACGGCAUCACCCACUUCGUCAAGUACAAGGACGCCGAAGAAGGAUACAUCGACAGCAUCCGCAUCAUGGGAGCGGAGUCCGGUGUCGAACCCUGCCAGGCCCUCAGUGUGAAGUACCGUAUUCCCAGAAAGCCCAUCAUCGGUGACAAGUUCUCGUCUCGUCACGGUCAGAAGGGUGUCUGCUCUCAGCUCUGGCCCGCAGUGGACAUGCCAUUCUCCGAGAGUGGUAUCCAGCCUGAUCUGAUCAUCAACCCUCACGCUUUCCCCUCUCGUAUGACCAUCGCCCAAAUGAUCGAGUCCAUGGCCGGCAAGGCCGGUGCUCUCCACGGCCAUCCCCAAGACUGCACGCCCUUCCAAUUCUCCGAAGAAAACACCGCCGCCGACUACUUCGGCCACCAACUCCGCAAGGCCGGCUACAACUACUUCGGCAACGAGCCCCUAUACAGCGGUAUCACCGGCAAGGAAUUCGCCGCCGACAUCUUCAUCGGUGUCGUCCACUACCAACGUCUCCGUCACAUGGUCAACGACAAAUUCCAAGUCCGUACCACCGGACCCGUCAACCAACUCACCGGCCAACCCGUCAAGGGUCGUGCCAAGGGCGGUGGUAUCCGAGUCGGAGAGAUGGAGCGCGAUUCCCUCAUCGCCCACGGCGCCGCCUACAUCCUCCAGGACCGUCUCAUGAACUGCUCCGACUCCACCCGCUCCUGGAUCUGUCGCGACUGCGGCUCCUUCCUCUCCACCCAAGUCGCCGUCCCCUCCUCCGGCUCCAACAAGGCCCGCAUCGCCGCCGCCAAAGCCGCCUCCACCCAACAACAACAACACUCCGGCCCCAACACCCUCAGCGGCUCCCCCAGCAUCGUCCGCUGUCGUCGCUGUGCCCGUGAAGCCGUCUUCGAGGACUCCCGCGCCGACGUCUGGGAAGACGGCGACGGUCGUCGCUACGUCGGCGGUGAUAAUGUCACUGUUGUUGCGGUCCCCGGUGUGCUUCGCUACUUGGACGUCGAAUUGGCGGCCAUGGGUAUUCGUAUGAAAUUCUGGGUUGAUAAUUAGAAAUACACCUGCAUCCCCACCCCCUUCCCAUAUCUAGGGAUUUGGGUAGUUAGGCUGGAUUUGUUGGAAUCGGGAGUGGGCCUUAGAUACGAUGAUACUACUAUACUAUCAAAAGCAACUUUUUGUUAUACCAGAACGGGGCGCAUUUCAGCACUGCUUUGGCUCUUGGUUUGAUUGGAGAUGAUGUUUGUAUGUGUGUUUGUACUCCGUGUGUAUGUAUGCAUUAUGUAUUUAUUUAUUUCAUUCUCUUUUAUU